AUGGCAUCUCCAUAUGAUUAUUUAUUCAAAUAUAUAAUAAUAGGUGAUACGGGUAUGAGUUUUCCAAAUUUUUUGUUGUCAAAAUUUAUUAUUUUUUCAGCUGUUGGCAAAUCAUGCCUUCUUUUGCAGUUUACAGAUAGACGUUUUAGGGUAGAUCAUGAUUUAACGAUUGGAGUCGAAUUUGGUGCAAGAAUUGUCAAUAUAGAUACGAAAAAAGUAAAAUUGCAGAUCUGGGAUACUGCUGGGCAAGAAUCGUUUAGAAGUAUAACUAGAUCAUAUUAUAGAGGAGCAGCAGGGGCAUUAUUAGUUUACGAUAUUACAAGAAGAGACACAUUUAAUCACUUAAGCAGGUGGUUAAGUGAUGUAAAAAGAAAUGCAACACCUAAUAUGACCAUCAUUUUAGUUGGAAACAAAUCCGAUUUAGAUAGAAGAGAAGUAACCACAGAAGAAGGAGUCGAAUUUGCGGAACAAAAUGGACUUCUAUUCAUUGAAACAUCCGCAAAAAUAUCGAAUAAUGUAGAGGAAGCAUUUAUGAGAAUUUCCGAAAAAAUAUACAGAAAUAUACUAGAUGGUAUUUAUGACCUUUCUAAUGAGAGAGAGAAAAGAGAAGGAAAGAGAGGACUGUUGAGCAAUAUGGACUUAUUUUCUAGUAACAACUCACUUAUUUAUUAUAACGCCCAACUUAUUUGGUUUCAAAAGAACAAAUUGUUUUUGUUCUCGCUCACUAAUAGUCAAAAAGCAGAAAUUAUUCUAGGUAAUGAAAUGGUAGAAAAUGCUGUAGUUUCAAUGGGCAUUUCAGCAAAUGGUAUAAUUGUUGCUUGUAGCAAUAAUAAGGUUAUUUACAUUGUUAGGAUUUGUCACUCCAACUUUGAAUUAAUCGGCCAAUAUUUACACUCUAAGAGAUUGAAUACUUCAAUAUUCAAGCCAGAUACAAACGAAAUAAUUAUAGGUGAUAAAUUUGGUGAUUUAUACUUAAUAAACAUUAACAAUAUUCAUUCAAUCCCUAGCAAUCAUUGCAACUUAUCCUCGUUAGAGAGCGAUUCAGAUGAAGAAAAUUUACAAAACAAUAUGGCUGGUGGCAUAAUCCCUAAAAUGGGUCACUUAUCAGCAGUUACAUGCUCAAUCGCUAGUUAUGACUAUAAGUUUCUAUUUACAGGAAAUAAAUGUGGAAAAAUAUGGAUUUCCAAUUUAAAUUAUUUAGAACAUACUUUUUCAAUAUUAUGUGGCCAUAGUGAUGCAAUUUCAUCUAUUUGUGAGCUCAAUUUAAUUGACGAAUCACAUAAACUAAUUGUUAGUUCAUCACUUGAUAAGAGAAUCAAGUUAUGGGACUAUUUAGACGGAACCGAAUUAGAUUCUAUUAAUCUUGAGUACAGCGCUUUAAUGAAAAAAGUCUUUGUCAAAUGUGAACUUUUAAGUGGAAUAAUUGUUAUAUCAUUGGAUUUAGACGAAAAAAGCAAAGUUUUCAGAUUCCGAAAAGAGUUCACUAUUAUUAAGCUGAAUAACACUCCAAAUUCACUUGAAAUAAACGAUAUCACUGAAAAAUCUUCCUCUACAGUACUUGAAGAAUUGAUUGAUAUGAAAGCCACUAAAGGAUGUAUUUUAUGGUACAAAAACGAUGAAAUGAGUUUACCAUGUCCCAUUAUCUUAAAUGUUCAAAAUUUACGUUCCGUGCACAGCAACGAGAACAAAUACCUAAACUACACAAUAAUCCCAGAUGCACUAACAAACCUUACAGGACCCAAAACGAACAUUUUGUCUCAAUCUAAUAACUCACAGAAUUGCGAUUUGAAAAGAGUUAGAACAAGCGAUUAA